GAAAUUGAGUUAUUUUUGGUUACUGCAAGGGCUUUAUCUUGUUUGGUUCUCUCUCUUAAACCCUAAAUCAAAGGGUAGUUUGGUUGGUUCGUGUGUUGUUGAUUUUGAUUGAUGAUUAUGAAGAAGAGAGAGUUGAACAAUCUUCUCUCUCGCUCUCUGCAUUUUUUACACCCAAAACAACACUGCUCCAAUUCCUCACACCACCCUCUCCCAGGUCUUCUUCCCUCCGACGAUGAACCUUCUUCGCACGAUUCUUCCCUCCGGUUAUCGCAACACUACGCAUUCCUCCGCAACUCCUUGCUCAAUUCCUCCACCCCCUCCGGUGACUCCUCUAACGACGCCGUAUCCAUGUCCAACGCAAUCAGAACCGGGUUUGGCUCCGAAACCCAAAAUUUCUUGAGGCAGUUUCGGGGUAAGCUAAGCGAGUCUCUGGUUGUUGAGGUGAUGAAUCUCGUUAAACACCCUCAGCUGUGCGUCGAGUUUUUUCUGUGGGCCCGUCGUCAAAUCGGUUACACCCACACUCAUGUGGUGUACAAUGCGCUGAUUGAGUUACUGUGUUGCAAUGACGUUAAUGAAAGACUGUCUGACAUGUUUCUGAAGCAAAUUAGGGAUGAUGACAGGGUGCUUCUUCGAAAGUUGCUCAAUUUUCUCAUUCAAAAGUGUUGCAAGAAUGGGAUGUGGAAUGUGGCGUUGGAAGAGUUGGGGAGGCUUAAGGAUUUCGGGUACAAGGCUUCUCCUGCCACUUAUAAUGCUUUGAUUCAGGUUUUUCUUCGGGCUGAUAAGUUAGAUACUGCUUACUUGGUUCAGAAAGAGAUGUCCAACUCUGGGUUUUUCAUGGAUGGAUAUACUCUCAGUUGUUUUGCCUAUUCCCUCUGCAAAGCGGGGAGGUGUGGGGAUGCGCUGAGUUUGAUUGAGAAGGAGGAGUUUGUUCCUGACACAGUUUUUUAUAAUAGGAUGCUUUCCGGGUUGUGCGAAGCUUCGCGUUUUGAAGAAGCUAUGCAAAUCUUGGAUCGAAUGCGGUUGAAUUCCUGCAUUCCCAAUGUUGUCACAUAUAGAACCUUGGUUUCUGGUUGUUUGAGGAAAGGGCAGCUGGGCAGGUGUAAGAGAAUUCUUAGCAUGAUGAUGACAGAAGGCUGUAAUCCUAAUCGGGAGAUGUUUAAUUCUCUUGUACAUGCUUUCUGUAAAUCCAGGGAUUACUCUUAUGCCUAUAAGUUGUUUAGGAAAAUGGAUAACUGUGGGUGCCAACCCAGCUAUCUAUCUUAUAAUAUAUUCAUUGGUAGUAUAUGCAGCAACGAGGAGCCGCUCGACUCAGAUUUGCUGGAAUUGGCGGAAAAGGCUUACAGUGAAAUGUUAGAUUCAGGGGUUGUGUUAAAUAAGGUAAAUGUCAGCAAUUUUGCACGGUGUCUUUGUAGAGCUGGAAAGUUUGAUAAAGCCUUUAAGAUUAUAUGCGAAAUGAUGAGCAAGGGUUUUAUUCCUGAUGAUACUACAUAUUCUAAAGUGAUUGGUUUUCUUUGUGAUGCCUCCAAGGUAGAGAAGGCUUUUUUGUUGUUUGAAGAAAUGAAAAAGAAUGGCAUUGUUCCCAGUGUUUAUACUUAUACUAUUUUAAUUGAUAGCUUUUGCAAAGCUGGUCUUAUUCAACAGGCUCACAAGUGGUUUGAUGAAAUGUUAAGAGACGGAUGCAUCCCAAAUGUAGUGACUUAUACUGCUCUUAUUCAUGCAUACCUGAAAGCAAGAAAGGUGUUUGAUGCAAAUAAACUAUUUCAGAUGAUGUUGGUGGAAGGUUGCAAGCCUAAUGUUGUUACGUAUACAGCUUUAAUUGAUGGUCAUUGCAAGGCUGGGCAGAUUGAUAAAGCUUGCCAGAUCUAUGCCAGAAUGCAAGGUGACAUGGAAUGCUCUGACAUGGACAUGUAUUUUAAGCUAGAUGACAAUGACCGUGAAACACCAAAUAUUAUUACAUAUGGGGCUUUGGUGGAUGGUUUAUGCAAAGCAAACAGGGUUAAAGAAGCCCGUGAAUUAUUGGAUACCAUGUCAAUUAAUGGUUGUGAACCUAACCAAAUAGUGUAUGAUGCUCUAAUAGAUGGGUUUUGCAAGACUGGAGAGCUUGAAAGUGCACGGGAGGUGUUUGUAAAGAUGUCAGAGCGUGGAUAUAGUCCGAAUUUGUACACUUACAGUUCUUUAAUUAAUAGUCUGUUUAAAGAAAAACGAUUGGAUCUUGUUUUGAAAGUGUUAUCCAAGAUGUUAGAAAACUCUUGUACUCCAAAUGUUGUUAUUUACACAGAGAUGAUUGAUGGCCUCUGUAAAGUUGGAAAGGCGGAUGAAGCAUACAAGCUCAUGCUUAAAAUGGAAGAAGUGGGUUGUUAUCCAAAUGUCGUAACUUAUACAGCAAUGAUUGAUGGCUUGGGGAAAUUGGGAAAAAUUGAACAGUGUCUUGAGCUAUAUACUGGUAUGUGCUCAAAGGGCUGUGCACCAAACUUUAUAACCUAUAGGGUCUUGAUAAAUCACUGUUGUUCUGCUGGCCUUCUUGAUGAAGCACACAGACUUCUAGAUGAAAUGACACAGACGUAUUGGCCAAGGCAUUUGUCAAGUUACCGUAAAAUUAUUGAGGGCUUUAAUCGAGAGUUUCUAAUCUCAAUUGGGCUUUUAGAUGAGCUGAAUGAGAAUGAAUCAGCACCAGUCGAGUCUUUAUACAGAAUUUUGGUUGAUAGAUUUAUCAAGGCUGGAAGACUGGAAGUUGCGCUGAGUCUACUUGAGGAGAUUUCAUCAUCUCCAAGCCUUGCAAAUGCCAACAAGUAUCUAUAUACUUCCUUAAUUGAGAGUCUGUCCCUUGCAAAUAAGGUUGACAAGGCUUUUGAGCUUUAUGCAAGUAUGACAAAUAAGAAUGUUGUUCCAGAGCUUAGCACAUUUGUAUACCUCAUCAAAGGCCUUACCAGGGUUGGUAGGUGGCAAGAAGCACUACAAUUAUCAGACAGCAUAUGCCAAAUGGAUGUUUGCUGGCUUCAUGAAGAGAUAACUGUUGUGGAUUAAAUUUCUGAUGUACACAACUGCUGAUUGAAUGCGAGUUAUCUAACUGAAAGAAAUGAAUACAGGUAGGAUAGAAGAAGUGGUUAAUCUGGUAAGUGAUUGCUGUUUCAUGAUCUCUAAUAUCUUAUGACUCCUUUCAUUUAUUAUCGAUCUUCAACUGCAGAUGUGGGUUUUUGCGGAAACAUGGUCUUUUGAAGAAAUCAUGUUCUUUGUUCUCAUGUCGUUACAUCAUGCCAUAGGUAAUAAUUUGGUGAUCUAUGAUCAAACAUAAUUAGAUACCAAGUUAUGUUCUUGGUUCAGUUGUGAAACUGGUAAAGUUUAAAGUGCAAGUCAUCUUCACUUGUUAUAUUUGUUCUCUGGUUUUGAAGUUCAGAGACAAAUAAUCAUCUGUUUUUUAUUAUGAAGUAGCUUGGGACCUAAGGAAUCAGCUUUUAGGGGAUAUUUUUGAGGAGCAAGGAGUUUGGGAAAUAUAUCCUUGGUCUAAUUUUUCUUUUCUAUUCAUUUGAGAGACUGGCCAUUAGAAGGAAAGCCAAAUGGUCUGACUUUUUACAGACUACGGUGAUGUCUAUAGGUGGGACUUUCAUGGGUCAGAUUCCACACUCUUUUUGCAAGCCAUGGCGCCUUUAGGUUGGUUGAUUUUGUAGUCAUGGGUGGGUCUCCACUCAAUGUGCAGAUCUCUCCUGACCUCACAAUGAGGUGGUUUUCAUGCACCAAACUUUCCUUUUGUAUGGUGGUGAAAGUAAAUAGAUUACAAUACCGGGGUUCUUAUUUAGAAAGUAUCGUGUUUGUUGCUAUUAUUUUGUUUCCUUUCGGCAGACUACUGACGAUUUCUAUUACUCCCUUUUGGUCCCCUCAACAAAUGAGGUUAUUGAAACAAGUGCAAACAAAACAAUUCUGAACAGGAUCAAAUGUGAUGUUCUUCACUUCGGAAUUUGUCUAAUGCUCAGAAGCUUCCUUGAAAGCUUGAGGCAGAGGAAAUGACAUCAUGAUUUCUGUACAAGGGAGUGCUCAAUCUCAGUUUGGAAUGUCUAGUCACUCCCUUCCAGAUGUAUGUUCUGGGUCUUUCACGAUUUAAAGGAGCUAGUUGAUUUACUUCUAGAACUACUACGGCAAAUCAUCUUAUCAUUAGUUGAGCAUUAGCUGAUCUUGUUGCAGUAUUUAUUUCAGCCUCUUGUGCAAUCAAUUGGAGGUGUUACUAAUUGGUUUUUAAGUUCGGUGCCGCGAAUUAUGGUGCAGCUUAAAUCUAGUACAGUUUGGAGGCAAUGAUGGAAGAAGGUUUGGUCAGCUUAGUUUUGCAACCUGUGACAGCCUGUUUGGAUAUCAAUUGGACAGCUGAACCAAGAUAGAGUGAUCUGUUACUGGCUGUUAUUGACUGCUUGAGAAGCUGAAACAAAGCUAGAGAAACCUGCAUGUGUCAGUGGAAUGAUUUCAAUCUGAAGGUGCAAGUGAAAAUGUUUUGGAGAGCUUGCAACCUUUUGGAUCAGAGAAGUUAACUUGCUGCAGCCUGUUGGUUAUAAUUGGACAAAACAGAAUAGUUCACAGCAACCCGAGACAGCCAGUAAAACUGCCGUUGAAGCUUUGAAGAUGAAAUGGUCACUUGACCUGUUUUACCCGUUAAUUGAGUUCUUUGUAAAUAUAGUUAGGAUUAGUUUUAGGUCAGUUUUAUCAAUCAUUAGGUUUCUGACUUGUAAUAACCAGUUUUGACUAAUCAUUUUCCAGUUUCAUUUUCAUUUUAGCCUAUAUAAAGGUUUUAGUGGCUAUUCAGAGACUUGUUUACAAUAUUGAGAACAAUAGUAAGUAGUAGUAGAUUCUACAUAGUUCCAAAUAGUUUAGAAGUUCUGAGGGCAGCAGCUGCACUCUGGUGCGUUCCAACAUCUCCCUUGUCUUGCUGUUUCAUGUUCUUCGAUAAAUAAAAUUCCAGAUUUGCUUUCCUUCUCCA